AGAAGCAGUUACUGCAUAUCUUCAUACUGUCUUUGGUAGGAACGACGCAGAUGGCUGAGUAGCUAGCUACAGUAGCAAAAUUAGCCAACAAAAUAACACAAUCACUGGUACAAGUGACACCUAACGUUGAUCUCGACAGUUUCAGGGAUAAACCAGAGUCAAGAAGAUGGCUGACACAGAGCAAACAAGUGCUCCUCCUUCCCCUCAAUUAGGGACAGUGCAAUUCAUGUUGGCUAACAAACUAGAGACGGCAAUGUGGCUCUCGCGGCUCUUCACCGUCUAUUGCUCAGUAAUGUUCAUUCUACCUCUCUUAGGACCUCAGGCGGCUGCCAAUUUCUAUCAGCGUGCGCUGCUGGCCAACGCACUCACCAGUGCUCUGCGGCUACACCAGCGGCUUCCUCACUUCCAGCUCAGCAGAGCCUUCCUAGCCCAGGCACUCCAAGAGGACAGCUGUCACUACCUGCUAUACUCCCUCAUCCUGGUCAACUCUUACCCCAUUACAAUGAGCAUAUUCCCAGUCUUCCUCUUCUCAUUGCUUCAUGCAACCACCUACACAAAGAAGGUUCUUGACGCAAUGGGCCCCAAUAGCCUUCUCUUCAUGAGGAACUUCCUCAACAAGCUCUCGGCCAACCAGCAGAACAUCCUGAAGUUCAUCGCCUGCAAUGAGAUCUUCCUCAUGCCAGCCACCAUAUUCAUGCUCUUCAGUGGCCAGGGAAGCUUGCUGCAGCCUUUCAUUUACUACAGGUUUCUAACUCUCCGCUAUACAUCAAGGAGAAACCCAUAUUGCCGCACCCUAUUCUCAGAGCUGCGGAUUCUGCUGGAACAUUUCGUCAUGAAGCCCGCCUGCCCCGCCUUCUUCAGAAAGAUGUGCCUCAACAGUAUCUCCUUUAUGAGCCGCCUGGCCCCCACCGCAGUGUGACCUUACUUCCUGUUCCCACACAACCAUAGUUUGUACUGUAAGGGGCGUGGCAGCAUUUCAACUCGAGCAGGAUGGACGAACAACAACUUUGAGAGCAAGGGAAAAAACCUUUUGAAUGUUAGUCUGGUCUGUCUUCCUGCUGCUCUGUUCAUACGCUACAGCGGAGGCUGAGGCUCGGACUGCGACGCACUGAAAACUGAUUGUUUUCAAUAUGGCUUUAUGGAACAGCCGAACACUCACUCCCCCUUUUCUCUCUCGCUCUCUUUGGGAAUAAACACCAGCUGACUAUUUGAUGUGUUCUACUUCUAAGGAUUGACCUUGUGAUGGUUAAAUGUCUUUGUCAUGGAAAAUACUUGUUCUUAUCGUUAAAUAAAAUACUAACUUCUGAGAUUAGAUAGUUAAAUUGUACUAUACAUCGUUGCAGUCAUUUAUUUUUUUUAAUAGCCAAAUUUUGCCAAAUUGUGCUUUUCAAAGGCGAUGUCAGUUGCUCUGUAUUUUAUUUUUUACAUCCACUAAUUCCAUUUUAUAUGUUCUUUUUCUUACACGAAAAGCAUUGGUUAUGAUUUUGUCUUAACACAUUUCUACUCUUAUGAAUUUGAAGUUUAGAUUAUUCAAGUUUAGAUUAGAUUUUCAAUUAGAAAACCUAUUAAAAAUGCUAUUUAAAUUCAGGUUCAAUUGAACUGAUUUGUGGCUAAUAUCCCUAUAGUUUUCCGAUUCAGUGCACACCCAUGUUAAAUGGCUUUAUUUAACUUGUAGAGAAAAGAUGUUUGUAUAGCUGGAAUAAAUUUCUCCAUUCUAUUCAAUCAAAAAAUGAAAGAAAUGACCUUGUUGAAUGAGAUUUAUAACCUCCAUAUUCACUAAUAUAAACAUGAUUCGUAUCA